AUGAAAGAAAAUCAAUUAAAAACUGCAUCUGAAUUAAAUCAAAUAAUUGACGAACAAAAAUUCUUUAGUGGACCUGAAUAUCAUCAAAUGCUAUUUUCUUUAAUAAAAUUUUUAUUAAAUGAUCAAAUAUAUUAUGAAUGGUUAAAUAAUGGAGUUUUACCAUCAGAAAUGGAAAAUCAUACAAUUAUUAUUAAAUCAAUUGAAUAUACUCUACUUCUUAUUGAUCCAUUUGGACAAUAUGAUCAAAGAAUGGAAAAAUAUUAUAAUCUUCAAAAAAUUCAUUUUGAUGAUCAAUCAAAACAUGAUGUUGUAAUGUCAAUUGAACAAUCAUUUUUGUUUGGUUCAAAGAUUUAUAUAAAAAAUUGUAAUAAAUUAAAUAGUCUUCUUUAUCCGUUAGCACAAUGGAAAGCAACAUCACACGAAUCAAAUUCUAUUGAUGAUACAAAUUUAAUACUUUAUUGUGGUCAUCAUUUAUAUUGUAAUUCAUUACUUCAUUUUUAUUUUCAUACAACGUGUGAUUCACUUGAUAAAAUUUCAUCAUCAUUAGCAUUAUUAACAACAUCUAUUAAUUGUCAAUAUAGUGUUGAAACAUUAUUGAAUCAAUUACGACAACAAAUUUUUCAACGUAUUCAACCAAAUUUAUACUACAAAAAAGUAUCAAUUUUUCGUUUAAUACUUUUAUGUCAACUAAGAAUUGAAGCAAUUGAUUCAUUUCUUAAAUCAAAUGCAGUCAGUGAUGAAUUUGACGGUGAUCGAGUGAUUUUAACAUCUGUUGCAUUGGAAAGAAAAUAUUUAUUAGGUGGAAUAGUUGAUCAAGCGAAUGCAAUCUUCGAUACAAUUGAAUCUUAUCAUGAUUAUUAUUUUCCUUAUGCACAACAUGAUACUUUACUUUAUUCAGUUCUUCAACCAAUAAAUUUUGUUUCUCCUAAAGAAGAUUUAUUAUUUUUCUAUUGA